AUGUUUGGCUACUCAACCGCCCUCCGGUCAAUGACUCGGGACGAGGAGAUGUCUGAUAGCUUUGGAUUUGAAGAUAAGAGAAAAGUGAGCCCACAGGCUGCUCAUAAGGAAAAUGCCAAGAGACCGGCCAUUACAGGGCUGCUCGAUGCCUCCCUUGCCUUUAGAUUUCUUUCGGAUCCAAUCAUCACUGAUAAGUGUGAUACACUGGCCAAAGAUGAGUUUGUGGUUCAAAUGGCACAACAGCUUCUGGAGGCACUCCAAGCUUCUACAGUUCUCGAGGAUGGGACAUUUAAUGACUCUGCAUUUGAGCAUUUUGCUCUGGUUAUGAGAAUAUGGAGAAUUGAGGUGUUCAAUUCCCAGAUUUACCAAAUGCUUUGCAAGGGUUGCGUUGUUGUCGACAUCAUAGCCAAACUUUCGAAUGAAGUGGAAAAUGAACAAAUUGGAGAACGUAUGUGCCGUAUCAAGGCAGAUCACAACUUGAGUGAUAUUCUCCAACUCAAAAGUUCUCCUGCUACAAUGAUAAGGGGUCUUUUGAUCAUUUUACUUGGGUAUUGGAGUUAUAAAAAGCUGCCUUUGCCUUUGGGGUUUGAUGAAAAAUUAAUGUGUUUUGACGGAGACUGUGGACAUAAAGGGCAUAAAGUUGUAGAAGAUGGAUCUGAGUUUAUCAGGACUUUGACGACCGUCUCCAAGGGUUGUGACGAUGUAGAGGCUCAAAUCUGUUAUGUUACUAGAUUUGCUGGUGAUUUGAAGGGUUUGAGGGAAGCGUUGGGUAAAGUAUACGGUACUAGACCUCAUAAGCACGUUUUUGAUGUGAUUAAGAUAACGCAAUUUGAGUGGGAGGUUAGUGCUCGAAAAAAGCAGUACUACGUCACAUUGGAAAAUAUAUCAAGUUUGAACAGAGGCUUCAACCCAUGGUCCUCUGGCAAGUUCAUCUAG